AGAUUAUUUAUCCCUAUUCAUGAACAACUUCACAAACUCAGAAUUUUAACCAAAUGGGAAGACAAUCAAGAGAAAGUGAAAUAGAAUGUUUAGAGAGAGAAUGGUGUGAAAUGCUUCAAGAUGUGAAACCUCCGGAAGAGUAUCCUUUCGAUAAGCAAUGCAUUUAUAAGGUACCACCAAAAAUUCGUGAAACUAAUCCAAAAGCCUACACACCUCGAAUUGUUUCCAUUGGCCCUUAUCAUCGCAAAGCACGUGAGGUUGGUGAGGAAGACAACAGUUUGGAGGAGAUGGAAGAGCUUAAACUGACAUACCUCAAGGGAUUUCUAAAUCGAACACAACUACCUAUGAGAGAACUUGUUCUCAAAAUUAAAGAGUUGGAAGAGAAGAUUCGAAAUUGUUAUGCAGCAGCUAUUAAAUGUAAAAGUGGUGACUUUUUAAAGAUGAUUUUGGUUGAUGCUUGCUUCAUAAUUGAGCUUUUCCUAAGAUGGGAUGAAAUCACAGGCUGGGUGGGAAAGGACCCCUUAAUUGAAGAAGAUUGGAUGCGAUACGAUAUUAAGGUGGAUUUGCUACUGCUAGAAAAUCAACUUCCUUUCUUUGUUCUGGAAGAACUUUACAACCUCAUGACUGGUAUGACUAAGCAUUUUCUUGAAAUUACUUUCAAGUUUUUUGAGAGUGUGUCUUUUGGAAAAGUGUGUCCAAGAGAGAGUCCAGAACACUUCACUGAUCUUUUGAGAUCUUCUGUAAUAUCAUCAUCAAAGCUUGAUCUUGGAAGACUAGAAGAAUUCAUGGACGUUAAACAAGUAUACAGCGCAAGUCAACUAAUGGAGGCAGGUCUUAAGUUCAAGAUCAGUCCAAAUAAAAGCUUACUUGACUUGACCUAUUCUAAACGCGAUGGAGCGUUGACCAUGCCAAUCUUGGAUAUAUAUGAUGAAACAGAAAUUGUGUUUCGGAAUAUAAUGGCCUAUGAGCAUUGUAAAUUUCUAUGUAGAAAAACCAUUUCUCAAUACGCCACAAUUCUAGAUUUUCUUAUCAAUACUGAAAAAGAUGUGAACCUACUUGUUGAUAAGAAAAUUAUUGUCAAUUGGACUGGUGAUGCUAACAAAGUGGUUACAAUGAUUAAUAAUUUGUGCUCACACCUUAUCUUGCCAGGUUUCAAUCCACAUUAUUUCUCGCUCUGCAAUAGCUUAAAUGCUUUCUAUGAAAACCCUCGCAACAAGCGCAAGGCUAUCUUCAUGCACCAGUACUUCAACACUCCUUGGAAAAAAGCAUCAACUAUUUCUGCAAUUGUGAUACUUCUCUUCACGUUUAUUCAGACUCUAUGUUCAAUCAUCUCAGUAUUUCGUGGUAAAUAAGAAGAUGGAUCAUUUUAAGGAAGGAUUUACUACAUUAAUUGUGUAACUGAUUCUCUAAGUUGUAUUUGUAAGAGAACCUUGUAAGGUGAUUUACGCACUUUGUUGUUGCUUUUCUUUCAUAAAACUAAAUAUUCAACUUGUUUUCCAAUUUU